AUGAUCCUCGAACACCACGUCAACCACCAGGUUGCAGUCGACCUCGACUCCGCUGAGGCCUUUGAGGGCCCCGAAAAGCUGCUCGAAGUCUGGUUUGCGCCGAACCAGGAAUCACUAGAAGGCACCAAUAAGUCUCUGCGGAACGUCAGCACCGCCCAGUGGGAACAGCUGCUCAACAUUGUCCAGUGCAAGGUGCUGUCGUCGGUGCACACGUCUGUGCUCGACGCCUUUGUACUGUCCGAGUCGUCCAUGUUUGUUUUCCCCCACAAACUGGUGCUCAAGACCUGCGGCACCACCACUUUGCUGGUAGGAAUCCCCAAGAUGCUGGAGAUUGCCCGAACCAUUGCUGGCUUUGGAGCCAACGCCACCCCCUACCGUGUCUUCUACUCUCACAAGACCUUUAACUGUCCCGAGAAGCAGGCCCCGCCCCACAAGUCGUGGAAGGACGAGGUGUCGUACCUGGACUCGCAGUUUGACAACGGCAAGGCCUACCUCGUGGGAGACACCACCUCCGACCACCACUGGUACUGUUACGUGACGGGCCACGACGACCACGAGGAGGUGGCUGCCCACAAGGACCACGUGAUUUCGUCCCACGACGAAACUAUGGAGAUUCUCAUGACGGAUCUGUUGCCCUCUCGAGCACAGCAGUUCUUCACCGACAGACUCCCCGGAGACGCAAACAACGCCGGCUUCCAGCACAAGCAGGAGCUGCUGGUGGGCGUGGAGCAUGUCGUGAAGGCUGAAACAGACUCGGCCACGUCUUCCGACUCGGAGGGAGCCACUCCUGCAUGUUCAGGAACUUGCAAGGCCGAUCCCGGUCACGUGCUCGGCGCAUACGUGUCCACCCAGUCCGGUAUUGCUGACAUCUACCCUCGGAACAAGGCCAGUGUCGCAGUUGAUUCCUUCUGCUUCACUCCCUGUGGCUACUCUGCCAACGCCAUUGUGGACUCGGGUUACUACUACACCAUCCACGUGACUCCCGAGCAGCACUGCUCAUACGCCUCGUUCGAGACCAACGUGCCCGCCAAGGAAUACGGCAUGUCCAACAUUGACGUCAUUGAGAAGGUGCUCAACGUUUUCCGACCUGGCAAGCUGUCUGUCACCCUUUUUGAGGCCGAGAACAACUCGCUGCAGGACUGCCACCAGUUUGCUCGGCACCUCGACGGCUACAAGCGGACUGACAAGGUCCUCUACGAGUUUGACGGCUACCAGAUGGUCUACGUUUGCUUCGAGGCCAUCAAGGGUCGAAAGUAG